AACAACCAAGCUUAUCUAAAGCCUUAUUAAGCAUACAAAAUAUAGGCAAACUGCCCAAUCGUCACUUUUAUUCAGCUCUCAACAUGACUCCAAGAUCAUGUUUGACUACGUCGAUCUUUUUCUAUGUUAUUUUCAGUCUGUUUCAUGAUGGGUCUUCAAUUACCACCACUGCUGCCACUAAUGGAAGUAUAACAUUACAGUUCCGGAUGGAGGGAAGGAUAGAUGAAAUUCUAUGGAAGAACAAAGGCAACAAAAUGGUGGAGUGGGACAGCAGCGCUGAAUUUCCCACUGAGUAUUUAACAUUCCAGGGACGGACGAAGUUGGACAUAAUAACUGGCAAAGUAACCAUUACAAAUCUAACCAAAGAUGACAGUGGAGAUUAUGAAGUGGAUGUGCUUAUAGAUGAAACAUUAAGGAAUGAAAUGCACCAUGUUGAAGUAAUUGACCCUGUCACUGAAGUGAAGAUCACCUGUGCGUCGAUAACAAUAUUCUUUGUUCUGUCUCAUAAUGAAGACUAUCGCAUUUUGUUUUCUCUGUUGUCUGUAGAUGCUGUUGGAGGAGCAAAGGUCAUCUGUCAAAGAAGAAGCGCUACUAUGGCAACACUACACUGUGAAGCAGAGGGUGAUUUUCUGAGUUUCAGCUGGUCAGGACCUGGACUACAGACAGAGAUGAGGGGUCAGACUGGACCACAGAUCACUAAGGAAAAGGACCAGGACUCAGUCUACACCUGUGUGGUGAACAACCCAGUUAGCAACAGCAGUGUAGCCUACCAAGCUGCUGAUUGCUUUGCCUCAGAUGCAGGAAAUCUUCAGCUCAUCAUAGGUGUAGCAUGUUCCGCUGCUAUUGGGGUUGCUGCUGCUGCUGCCGGGUUUGGCUAUUGUUGCUACAAGAAGUCAACAGUUCCAGGUCCAGAUCAAGUAACAAACCCAAAAGCAGAGGAGGAAGAUCAAGCCAGUGACCCACUGGACGCUGGGAAUGAAAACAGACCAUUCCUGCCUUCAGAAGGUGAAGAUGAUGCUCAAGGCUCAAGAGAUGAAGGAAAGGCUGCAGAGAACAAAAUAGGUUCAGGCCCAGAUCAAGUACCAAACCCAAAAGCAGAGGAGGAAGCUCAAGCCAGUGACCCAUCACAGUAUGGAUCAGCAGAAAGCAUCAUACAUAUGGCGCGGGAAGAGGAAACGAAGAUGGCAGAGAGUGCAGGUGCUAUCCAGCCUUCAGAUGAUGAGACAGAUUACCAAGAUGCAUCAGAAGAACCUGAAGGUGCUCAAGCAGUCUUCAAACCCAGGUGAAGGUGCAGGCCCAGUAGCCUGGUCCUAACAUACUCUCGUACAUUCAUAAUGUGCAGAGAGUCUGGGUCUGCGGUAUAUUCGCGGGUUUUCUCAAGACAAAAAUGUGCAGAUCCAAUCAGUG